CCCCUUUUCUGGAACCUCUGCGGGCUCCGGCAGCUCUCGGUGCAGUAGCAGCUUUGCGAUCCUUCUCGCCCCCUCAAGAAAAAAAAAAAAAAUGCCAUUCGUUGAGUUGGAAACGAACUUGCCAGCAAGCCGCGUGCCCGCUGGGCUAGAGAAACGGCUGUGUGCGGCCACCGCCUCCAUCCUGGACAAGCCCGAAGACCGCGUGAGCGUUACGUUACGACCUGGCAUGACCAUAUUGAUGAACGGAUCCACAGAGCCCUGUGUCCAGCUUAUGAUCUCUUCCAUCGGUGUUGUGGGCACCGCAGAGCAGAACCGCAACCACAGCUCCCGCUUCUUCGAGUUCCUCACCAAGGAGCUGGCCCUGGACCAGGACCGGAUAAUCAUCCGCUUCAUCCCCUUGGAGCCCUGGCAGAUUGGAAAGAAAGGAACUGUCAUGACGUUUCUGUGAUUGAAACCAAGAAUCCAGGGCAUUUGCUGAGCCUACCCAGGGCCCUUCUAGAGAGGCCUCCUGGCAGAGUUGUGGUCCGGUAGAUACCACUGCCAAAUACCUCUUUUGCAUAUAUGUCUGUGGCUUCACUGCACACUUUUUUCUUCCCCAGCCUCAUGAGUAAAUAUGAAAUCAAAUAAACAAAGAGGAUAUAACCCCAAA